AUGCUAACAGUAGGCAUAUCGACACCGACAAGGCAGUCUUUACCACCUCGAGCUGCCUGCUCGGGGCCUACAAACCUAGCCAGUUUUAUCCAGACUUGUUUGAUAAGUGAGCCCGAUUUCGAUGAUUGUUCUACAGAAGCCGUACAGAAGUUAUUUAAAGCCUUGGGUCCAGGGCUCCCAGAGAUAAAUUUGUCACCAAUAGAUCCUUUAAAAAUACCGAAAAUAAGAAUAUUGCAGGGCGAAGGACCUGUAAAUGUGAACGCUGCUCUCGACAACGUCGUGGUAACGGGUUUUGGCCAAACUGACGUAUUACAGAGCCAGGUGCAUAGUAAAUCGUAUGAUUUUUAUACUAGAGUCCGUGUCCCAAAGAUGAGAAUAGAGGGCACGUAUGACUUAAAAGGGAAAAUAUUAUUGAUACCUUUAGUUGGCAGUGGUUUAUGCUGGUUCGAACCAAGUAAUAUGACAAUAGAUAUUGUAAGCGACGUAAAGUUAUAUGAAAAAGAUAAUUUACCAUUCUUCAAUGUUACUAAAGUUCAUGUAAAAUAUAAUAUUGGUGGGCUAAAAUUACACAUGAGUAAUUUAUUCGAUGGUAUUUCGUCACUUGAGGACAGCACAAACGCUUAUUUGAAUGUAAAUUGGCGGCCAGUAUCCGAGUCUUUGAGACCGAUUUUAUCAAAGACUAUUGAAGAUAUCUUACUGGACUUCAUGCAACAAAUAUUCCAUAAUUUACCAGCAAACUUCAUGAUCGGAGAUAUUAAAACUCACAUGAAUAAAAAUAUUCGA